AUGUCUAACCCGCCGCCAGCCAACCAAGAAGGGAACGCAAGCAACAUGCAAGCUGUCGCGGCCGUCGGUGUCAAGCUUCCAGAUUUCUGGAAAACGGACCCGGAAAUGUGGUUUGCGCAAGCGGAGGCGCAAUUUACUUUGGCCAACAUCACACGCGACGACACAAAGUACUCCCACAUCGUGGCCAAAGUCGAUCAAACCGUGAUUUGCCACAUCGCCGACCUGGUCCAUCGCCCCCCGCUUGAGAACAAACUGGAAGGACUGCUUGGAACGCACGACCUUGGAGAUUUGCGUCCCUCCCACCUUCUCGCAAAGAUGCAGGAACUCUCGUCGGGAUUGGGAGUUGAGUCCGCGCUGCUGCGGAUGCUCUUUCUGCAGAAACUGCCAACGAACGUCAGAGGAAUCCUCUCGAUUUGCAACGAGUCGCUAGCGAACAUUGCGUUGAUGGCAGACAAAAUGAUCGAAACUAUGUCAGCAACCGUGGCAUCCGUGAGCAAGCCGGAAGGGCUUCCGACCUCCGAAACCGACGAUCUCAAGGCACAGGUUGCAGCUCUCACAGCUGAGGUCAAGCGGAUGAGGAUCCAGCCCUCGCGUUCCCGCAGUCGAUCACUGUCCCGAGCUCGGGACGACGCUCGCUCUCCGUCCAGAAAUCGAGAUGACGUGUGUUGGUAUCAUCGCAAAUACGGAAACAACGCUCGACAGUGCCGUGAACCGUGCACGUUUUCUCCAAAAAACUAG